AUGAAAAACGCCGAAGACCUCAAAAUCGACAACGACAAUGCCAAGCUCGUCAAACAAGCUCUCGAAUCAUUUAUCAGAACAGCUCUCGCGGAACUGGAGUUUGACUACGAUGAUCUGUACUCGCGAAAGCAUCACAGAAAAAAGAAGGCCACCGACGAGCAACAUGAAAACCUCCUGAUCGUCGCCGAGGAAGUCUGGGGUAACCUUAACGCGUCUCUGAAGAUUGAUCUGAGCUCGAAUCGACAUUCUUUUCUCGACAGCCCAAAGCAAAAUGCCUUGAAACUUGCCAUCACGCAGGAUCAAACAUUGACCCUUGGUUUCGUGACGAAUUUUAUACCUAUCUUCUGGAUAAGGUUCGUCGAUCAGCGGAAGCAGCAGGAGAAGAGGGAUCUACUGAAGAAGAAGCGAGAUGAACAAAAGGUGAAGGAGGAAGAGAAGCAGAAGUAA